CGAGGAAAUUUCUAUUUUGCGUAAGCGCACCAUGAAAAAUAUCCAUCGUGCGUGAAGCGCACCUGCUGCGCCCGAGGAAGGGCAGUGUCCGCGAAUGAAGUAUAGCGAAGGCGUCAAAAUGAUAGGAGAGGGCAUGGGGAUCGGAGCGUGAGCUACGCAGGAGAUGUCGACAAGAUGACAGCGGUUGUAUGACGCUCGUCUCGUUGUUCUUUCUGAGUUAACGUUGUGGCGUGUGGCCAGGUGGGGAGAUCGUUUCGCAAACGAAACGAACGACUUAUGCCUCGUUACGACGACACGUCCGUUUCAAUAGAUUCUCUGCGUCGAAACGAGAUCGUAAUCAGGCGAAUUCGGGUGAGAGCCGCGAUCGCCGCGCCCAUGCAAUGUACACAGCGGCCUGAAAUCGUGCCCGAGAUCAUCGCUAUCCCCGAGGAGUCCACCCUUUAAACGGCCUGGAGUGAAGUAAUGAGCGUUUUCGGGGAUUUCCAGCGUGUCUGGGUACAAAGAUUCCCGGACAGCGCCUUGCCGGCAGCUUGGGAAGAGGACGUCAGGGCCAACCUAGUCAAGCAUAAACAGAAGGUGACCGCUUUGAGAGAAGAACUUGAAAAAGAAGAAUUUUAUGUAGAAUAUUUAGAAAGAUUGUUGGCUGAUGUUGAACGUCAUAAGCAGUUGGCAAAUAUUAAUAUUGCAACCACGCCUGACAAACAACAAUCUACAGAAUCUCAAAAUCAACAUAGCUGCCAAGUAACAGAGAAUAAUUUGACAGAUUCUACAAGCUCAUCUAAUGUUCAACACGUGGAAUCAUCAGCUCCAUCUCUGCCCGCGCGUGAAGAUAUAAGUAAAUUUCAGGACAAAUGUGUUUCUGAACUGAGUUCUACUCUUAAUACAAGCAAAAGACCCAAAAGUGAGAUACCAAAAAGUCCUGAUAAAGUGCCUGAACUUAGAAGAAACAGUGACCCAGAUGUGCCAAGUAAUUAUGUCACUGUAAUUGAAGUGACUGGAAGUUCAAAGAAAGAUAAAAAUGAAGAAUCUCUCAAAGAAGAAGAUGAAAAAGAUUUAGAAAAUGCAAUUAAUGAAGAUGGAGAAGAUGGUGAUGCGGAAAUAUCUGAAGAGGAACCUUAUUAUGAUUCUGUAGCUUUAGACCAAACAGGAGAAUAUGUAUAUAUUGAUGCACGUGUUCCACCUGUCGGAAAUAAUAAUGGCAGUAGAGCACCACCAAGGAGGCCACCGUCGUUACCUGACUCUCCAGGGAAUCAGAGCAAUUAUGUCAACAUUGAUUAUUUUAUACAACAUCGAGCAGCAAUGGAUAGCGAAGAUGAAGAGGGUGCAAGUCCUGCACCACCAAUCUUAUUACGCGCUCUUAGCACCGAUAAUGAAACUGGUAGUAGCGACGCGGAACCUUUAAGUCUAAGUGAGGGUAGUUUAGAAUCACCAACACCAACUACACCUCGUCGACAGGAGAAAUGUAAAGACCGUGAAGAUGACAGAACGUCUAUGAUUAAAUGUAUUGUAAACUCGGUGGUAGAGAGCGAAACUAUUUAUGUCGAGUGUCUAAAUGUAAUGUUACAGUACAUGAAAGCCAUCAGAGCGACAUUAACAACAUCUCAACCUGUUAUUUCUGAAGAUGAAUUUGGUACGAUGUUUUAUAAGAUUCCCGAAUUACAUGCACUACAUCAGACAUUUUUAGACGGUCUCAGAAAGAAAUUAGACAAAUGGGAUAGUAAAACUACUAUAGGUGAACAAUUUAAAAUAAUGGCUAGCAAUAUAGGAUUAUACGGAGCUUUUUUACAUAAUUAUGCUCGCGCUACUGAUACCGUGCGAAGGUGUUCUGCACAUUCGACUCAAUUCGGUGAAAUUACAAGGGAUAUAAGACUUAGAGGAUUUCCAAAAGGACCAGGUUUAUCUCUUGAAGAUCUUCUGCAUAAGCCAGUAGCUCGAGUACAAAAAAAUGCGCUAGUAUUGCAUGAUCUUCUUAAACACACACCAGUGAAUCAUGCAGAUCAUGCACCACUCUCAGAAGCUCUUGCUAUGACAAGAAAUUUUCUAGACGAAUUUAAUAUUAUCCAAACAAAGUCAAUGUUUCCGAGUCAUGAUAGAGCACAACGGAGAUUAGUGAAAAACUCAUUUGUAGUAGAAUUGUCCGAUGGUCAUAGAAAGUUGAGACAUCUUUUUCUUUUUAAUGAUGUAAUUGCUUGUGCAAAGUAUAAAGCUUCUGGUAGAGACAAAUUUACAUUUGAAUUAAAGUGGUAUGUAUCAGUGGCAGAGGCGGUAGUGACAGAAGAUGGUGUUGAACCUCGUGAAACUAGUCCAGCUAAUGUUGUAGCUUUGAGGUCACAGGCGUGUACAGUACGUGAUCAGAUACUUUGGGAAGAACGAAAUGAUGAGAAACGAAUUAGACUCGGUGGUAGAGGUUCAGAAAAAAAUAGGAAGAAACUUGCUGAGCUUGAAGCUCAAUUGGUAUUAGCAUCUCCAAAUUUAGUAUUACGCGUUGCGCAUAAAAGUCAACAUCGAGUUCAAAACUCGUACACAUUCUUUCUAUCCAGUGAAUUUGAACGUUCUCAAUGGGUUGAAGCAGUGGAGGCAUUGCAACAGGUAAUGCGUUCCCAUAUGUACCUAGAUAAGUCAAAGGGUGGACAACCUCCAGGGCCAUUACCUUUAUCAAUGUACGAAUUACAGGCUUGGGUUACAGCUUGUCGUACUUAUCUUCAAACAGAUAUGGGAAGUUAUUUACUGAGAUCAGGACGCGAUGAAAGUUUAUUACUAGGCGACCUUCAUUUAACUUUGCUUGGUUUAACACCGCCUGGUUUAGAUAGAGUAGGAGAUCUUUACAUUAUUGUAGAAGUUGAUAGUUAUGGACACUAUUUUAAACGAGCAAGAAGUCGAGUUGCGAGAGGUCAAGCUCCAACUUGGGGCGAAACAUUCGUUGUGGAACUCGAAGGAAGUCAAAAUGUUAGAAUUUUGUUGUAUGAAGAGUGUGGAACGCGUUCUGUAUUACGUGGCAAAUGCAUACAAAGAUUAAGUAGAUCUUGGCUUCAGUCGGAUCAAGUAGAGAGGUCACUAAAUUUAGGCCCAGCUACGUUAGAUGUAGCUCUUCGUUUUGUUCCAAGUGAAGUGACAUUGAGACGGGUACCAUCUGCUAAACCUCAAGGUUUAUUUGGAGCUAAAAUUCAACAAGUGUGCAAACGUGAAAAACGCGAUGUUCCUUUUAUUGUAACUGCAUGUGUUAGGGAAGUGGAAAGGAGAGGGGUCGGAGAAGUGGGACUGUAUCGCGUUUCUGGCUCUGCUUCCGAUCUAACAAAAUUACGUAAAUCAUUUGAAAGCAAUUCGUAUGAAGCAGAACAACUACUUAAAGAGGUUGACGUUCACUCUGUAACAGGUGUGCUCAAGUUAUAUCUCCGUGAAAUGCCAGAAGCUCUCUUUACGGAUGCUCUUUAUCCAGCGUUUUUAGAAGCUUUUCAAACUGGCGAGCUAUCAAAAGGUGCUGCUCUUAGAAGAGUAUACGAAAGUCUGCCAGCUGUGAACAAAGCGGUCAUCGACUUUCUACUUACUCAUUUAAUAAGAGUUAAUAAACACGAGGCUCAAAAUAAAAUGUCUUUGCACAACUUAGCGACGGUGUUCGGACCGACGCUUUUGCGCCCUGGUACGAAUUCGCGAUCCGAUGCAAAGAGUCGAGAUCCAUUAGCUGCGGGGACCGUGGACGUGAUGGCACAGGCCGAUUUGUGUAUUAUCCAGAGACGUAAAUUUUGAUCUCGUUAAUGUUUUCAAAAAUAGAUAGUACUAUAUAACAAGAAAAGAAUUUUACAUAGAAUUUAUUAUUUCUUGUUUCAAUAACGAAUCCGGGCAAUUUCGAGCUGGUGGAGGUAAAGGUAGUUUGACUGGUGUGGCAGCUAUGUUGUCCCAUAGUCCAGGAAGUCGAGAUCCAUCAGAACCAUUGCAUUGCAUUCCUGAUCAAACAUUAUAUAAUCGAACAUUAUAUAUCACAGAUUAUAAUUACCAAUUAAAUUAUCAAAAUCAAAACUUCAGAUGUUUAAUACAUUAAUAAAUUAUACAAUUAGAGACCUAAUGGCGCAGCUUCAUAUAAAUCAUGUAAAGCUUGUACGCGAACUUUGGUCCACUCGAUAUUUUUGUAAUUCGCAGAAAUUCCAUUAUCAGCAAUAGUUAAUUGAUUUUCCCAUUCUCUCAUAUAGCGAAAAUAAGUCCUCAAAGCAUCGUCGCUAAUAGCACUUUUGCAAACCUAAGGAACAUUAACCGCUUCUUUAUUAAAUUUUAAUUAAUAAAAAAAUAUUAAUUUUUUAUACCUCUAAUCGAGCAUUAGGAUAAUAGUGAAUGUAAUUCACACACAUCUCGUCGGAAAUGGCGAACCCACCAAGAGUAACAUUCUUUCUAUCCAUCGUAUUAUAUGUGCAACUUGUUAUUAAGGAAUCUCCCUGUAAUUAAUUUUUUUUAUUAUCAUUUUUUUAUUUAUUCAUUAAAAUCUAUUAUAUGCGUAUAAUAUGAUGGAGUUCAUCACAUGAAUUAUACAAAAUAUUAGAUUUUAAUUCUUACAGGCAAAAUGAUAAUAGGUUUUGGCAGAAGACGAAUUUCUUGAAAAUGAGUGGAAUAAUGAUUAUCAUAAUUUAAUAAAGGCAACUCCUCCCCAUCUCUAAUAUGACGAGUAACAACUUUUAUGCCAGUUAAAUGUGUAUGAAGUUGGGAUGCGAAAACAUGUAUUCCUUGUUGUGGGAGACCAACACCUGUACAUUCUUGUAUACAAUGUCCCGCUAAAAUAAAGGCUUCCUACAACGGUUUUGUUAUUAA